AUGGCGGAGAAGUGUUUUAAAUACGUCAUCAUUGGCGGUGGUGUAUCAGCUGUGAGUAUAAAUCAAUCAAUCAUUCAAUCAUCGUUUUCCUUUGUUUUGUUAUUUAUUUACAAUCCAUAUGCCUGCUCGAUUUCACGUCUCGCUCAUGAUUGUAGAUUCGUAGCAGGUUAUGCUGCCCGGGAGUUUGAAAAACAAGGAGUUAAGCCUAACGAGCUAGCAAUCAUCUCUAAAGAGGCGGUCGCUCCUUAUGAACGCCCUGCACUCAGCAAGGGAUAUAUGUUACCUGAAGGAGCAGCAAGACUUCCAGGCUUUCAUGUCUGUGUUGGAAGUGGAGGAGAAAAACUACUACCCGAGUGGUAUGCAGAGAAAGGUAUAACAUUGAUCCUUAGCACCGAGAUAGUCAAAGCAGAUCUUGCUUCAAAAACUCUUACUAGUGCAGCCGGCGAAACCUUUAAAUAUGAAGUCUUGAUAAUUGCCACUGGCUCCACUGUUCUAAGACUGGAGGACUUUGGUAUAGAAGGGGCUGAUGCUAAGAACAUUUUUUACUUGAGAGAAAUUCAUGAUGCUGAUAAACUCGUAGAAUCAAUCAAAAAUAAGAAAAAUGGAAACGCGCUUGUCGUUGGAGGAGGAUACAUCGGCCUUGAGCUUAGCGCAGCACUAAAAAUCAAUGAUUACAACGUUAGCAUGGUCUACCCAGAGCCAUGGUGCAUGCCUCGUUUAUUCACUGCCGAUAUGGCUGCUUUCUACGAGGGUUAUUAUAUGAAAAAGGGAAUAAAUAUCAUCAAGGGAACUGUGGCUGCUGGGUUUGUCAAGGGUGACAGCGGAGAGGUAAAAGAAGUUAAACUAAAAAAUGGUAAGAUGGAGGCAGCAGAUAUCGUUGUUGUUGGUGUUGGAGCAAAGCCUUUAAUAAAUCUAUUCAAAGGACAAGUUGAAGAGGAGAAAGGUGGAAUCAAGACAGAUGCAUUCUUCAAAACCAGCGUUGCUAACGUAUAUGCCAUCGGUGAUGUUGCUACAUUCCCCAUGAAAAUGUACGGCGAUAUGAGAAGAGUUGAACAUGUUGAUCAUUCCCGCAAAUCUGCAGAACAAGCUGUGAAGGCCAUUUUCGCUAGCGAGCAAGGAAAGGGAAUCGAGGAUUAUCAUUAUCUUCCAUACUUUUACUCCCGUUCCUUCGAUCUAUCUUGGCAGUUCUUUGGAGAUAACGUUGGCGAAACAGUUGUGUUCGGAAACCAUGAUCCACAAUCCGAAAAACCCAAGUUCGGUACAUACUGGGUCAAAGAUGGCAAGGUAAUGGGUGCUUUCUUAGAAAGUGGAACACCUGAAGAGAACCAGGCGAUUCGUAAAGUUGCCAGAGAGCAACCGGCAGCCCCAAGUCUCGAGUCGCUUGCCAGCGAGGGACUCAAGUUUGCUAGUAAGAUCUGAAAACGUUAUUUCUUUACAUACGAGUUCAAUGCAGUCAAACUCUCUUGAGAAUAUUAGUGUUCAGUUGAUAAUUGAUUUUUUUGUUACCUGCUUAUUGAUAAGUUCUUUCGUCGUGAUUUUGUAACGUGUAACCCCUUGAU